AGGAGAGCGGCAGUGGUCCCGAGGCAGGGAGUGAUGGCUUCCCACGAUGGCUCGCAGCCUCCGUUCCUGAACCCCUGUGUCCCCUUCACCGGCCUAAUCUACGGGGGUCUCCAGGAUGGACUUCAGAUCACCAUCAAUGGAACCGUGCUUCUCUCCAGCGAAAACAGGUUUGACGUGAACUUCCAGAGCGGCUACAGCCAAAAUGACAUCGCCUUCCACUUCAACCCCCGGUUUGAAUCGGGCGGGUAUGUGGUGUGCAACACGAAGCAGGCCGGCCACUGGGGCACCGAGGAGCGGAAGAUGCAGCAGCCUUUCCAGAAGGGGAGCUCCUUUCAGAUCUGCUUCCUGGUGCAGAACGCACAUUUCCAGGUCACGGUGAAUGGCAAACACUUCCUGCAGUACGUGCACCGUGUGCCCUUCCACCAAGCGGACACCAUUUCCGUCAGCGGCGCGGUGCAGUUGUCCUACAUCGGCUUCCAGAAAAGACACGCAGCCCCUGUCCAGCCUGUCAUCUCCACGGUGCAGUACUUACAGCCUGUUCGUUUGCCUCCCAAGCCCAAGGGGCGCAAACACCAAUCUCCUGGCGCGUGGCCGCUCAACACAGCACCCAUUACUCAAACAGUCAUCCACACGGUGCACAGCACUCCUGGACAGAUGUUCCCGAAUCCAGUGAUCCCACCUGUGGUGUACCCCAACCCGAGCUAUCCAAUGCCUUACUGCACCAGCCUCGUGGGUGGGCUGUACCCCUCUAAGACUAUCAUGGUGAGGGGAACUGUCCUGCCCAGUGCCCAGAGGUUCCACAUCAACCUGCGCUGCGGGAAUGAUAUUGCCUUCCACCUGAACCCCCGCUUCACCGAGAACGCCGUGAUCCGCAACACCCAGAUCAACGGCUCCUGGGGCACCGAGGAGCGCGCCCUGCCUCGGAAAAUGCCCUUCACGAGAGGGCAGAACUUCUUGGUGUGUAUCAUGUGUGAAAGCCACUGUCUCAAGGUGGCCGUGGAUGGCCAGCACCUGUGUGAGUACUGGCACCGCCUGAGCAACCUGCCGGCCAUCAACAGGCUGGAAGUGGUGGGUGACAUCCAGCUGACCCACGUGCAGGCAUAAUGAGAUCCCAGGGUGGGCAUCUCCUGACCCCGCACCUCUGCCCUCCCUGUCCCGGCUGGGAGUGGCACGCCGCUGCCCUUCCUUAGCACCCAAUCCUAUCAUCCAAGGAGAGGGGUGCUGUGAGGUUCCCCUGGUCAGCCCCCCACAUGGAGGGAGGGCCCUGAGCCUGCCCCAGUUCCCCGUGCAGGCCGGCAACCCCGCAUCCUGUUCUCAACCAAAUCCAAUCCCCCAUCAGAUUUCUCCUUAGUCCCAAAGCCAGGACCCUCCUGUACCUACCCCCUCUCCCUAUGCCAACAUCUGCCUCCUACAGGAAGCCCACUCGGGUGACACCCCACUAAGACCACCCUGACCUGACCCUUCCCAGUGUCCCUGAAACAAAUAAACAUGAUUGCCACCUGGCUGGGGCUAUUAAA